AUCCGCCGAUCCAGUGGCGGUUUCUAUGCGUUGUUGAGCGGGACCCUUGAAAUCAUGAACAGGACCACAAACAUAUUUGUUUUGUUCGCCAAUUGAUGGGGUUAGUGAUAGGAUAAAUUGUCAGCAUUAUGCAUGUAUGACUAAAACUAUUACCGGCUAAGGUACAAGCUAGCCAGAUAGAUUUUUGUGUUGGACAACGUUUUAUUUAUAACACAGUUCGAGUAUCUACUGCACUGUUGCUAACUAGUCUAUCAAUACUUAGUCCAAUCCAAUGCAAGCUUAACCACAGUAGUGCAAAGCCUUGAUGUCCUUAUUAACGUAAUCCUUAGUUAAUCUUCGGCAGGCAAUACUAAAGGUGUAUGCUACCAAAAAGAGAUUCUUUACUGCAACUCGCAAAACACAAGAUGCCUCCUAAGAAACAGAAAAUCCCGUCGGUGAACAUCUCAAGUUCUCUGGAAGAGUCGGAAGAUAUUAGUUUGGAGACAACAGUGCCCACCGAAGACAUCUCAUCAUCCGAAGAGAGAGACGGUACUGGUGCUCAGAAAGUCACCCGGCAGCUCAUUGAGAGGAAAGAGCUUCUACAUAACCUUCAGCUGUUGAAAAUAGAGAUGUCACAAAAAAACCUUAUCGUAGACAACAUGAAAGUUGACCACUUGACCAAGAUUGAGGAACUGGAGGAGAGGCUGAAUGAUGCCCUUCACCAGAAACAGGUCCUUGCUCUGCGACUGGAUAGCCAGCUUAAACUGACCCAGGAUGAGGCCAGGAAGCAGCAGGCUCUCCGUAAACAGGAGUUGGAUGGCAUCCUUCUGAGACAGAAGCAGCUGGAGGAGACCAACAGGCAGCUGUGUGACAAGGCGGGAGAUGUCCGACGCAGCCUCCGAGACCUGGAGCUCACCGAGGACAAAUACAUGGAACUCCGAGACGUGUCGGAAGAGAACCUGUCAAUUCCUGAAUAUGUAGCGUUGCGUUUCUAUGAGGCUGUGACUCCUCUCAGAGCCCAGCUGUCUGAACUCCAUCUGAAGAAGAACUGCCUUACUGAUGACCUGGACACACACCGGGCUCAGAUCAAGGCCCUCAUGGAGAGUUAUGAGGAGGAGAGAAGGGUGCGUUCGGAGUUGGAGAUCAGGAGCCAGAGACUGACUCUGGAGCUGGCUGACACUAAACUGCUCAUCCAGGAGGGAGACUACAAACGAGAGAACUACUCCAAGGUCAAACGUGAGAGGGAUGCCUUUGAGGGUGAGGUCAGAGACCUGAGGAAGAGACUGGAGCAAUUGGACCUCUCUCACAAUGCCCAGACUACAGAAAACAACCAACUCUGCAAGGAGGUGUCUUCUCUGCAGCAGUCAGUCACCCUGCUCCAGAAGGACAAGGAGUACCUCCACCGACAGAGCAUGGAGCUGAACGUGCGCUGUGCCCACCAAGAGGACCGUUUGGAGAGACUGCAAACACAGUUGGUUGAUACACAGCGGGCCCGGGAAGAGGUCUAUGAAAAAUACAUAGCCUCCAGAGACCACUACAAGACUGAGUAUGAGAAUAAACUUCGCGAGGAGCUGGAGAACAUCCGCCUGAAGACCAGUCAAGAGAUCGACAUCCUCCAGAGGACCUCCAAGGAGAUGUAUGAGAGAGAGAACAGGAGUCUCCGUGAGUCGCGUGACAACGCAGUGCUGGAGAAAGACAGAGCGAUGGCAGCAGAGAGAGAAACGCAGGCCCAACAUGACCAGCUGCUAGAACAGUUCCGUGCUAUCCAGCUGGGGACUGACAGCCGCGUGUCGGAGCUCCUGAACCAAGUGAAGCUCAGGAGUUUGGAGGCAGAACGCGCUCAGAUGGUGCAGGAGGAGACGGCCAGGAUACUUGGGCAGUGUCAGGUGGAGGCAGAGAAGCACCAGAAGAAACUGGAGGUUCUGACCAAGGAGUUCUAUGGGCUCCAGGCGUCGUCAGAGAAGCGGAUUGCAGAACUUGAGGCCCAAAACUGUGAACACCUGGCCCGACUGGAUACCUAUGAGAAGCUGGAGCGGGAGCUGGAUGAUGUCACCCUGCAGGCUGCUGAAAUUGAUAAUGAAGUGGAGGCCGAGAGGGUUUUAUUCUCCUAUGGGUAUGGUGCCAACGUCCCCACAACGGCCAGAAGGCGACUCAAGCAAAGUGUUCACCUGGCCCGUAGAGUGUUACUCCUGGAGAAACAGAACACACUGCUAAGAAGAGACCUGGAGAAACGCAACGCAGAGACUGGUCAGGUCUCUGAUGAGCUGAAGGCAGCCAAUCACCUCCUGCUUCAGGUCCAGCAGCCGUACAGCUACCUGGUGGACUCGGUGAGACAGAGAGACACGCAGAUUCAGAACCUUCGAGAACGCAUUGCUCAGCUGGAGGACGAUGUCAGAUCUCUGAAGAAAGAGAAAAUUUCUCUCCAGCAGGUGAAAAACAAUAUGGCCGCCGACCUGGAGAGACUGCUCAACCACCGAGAGGAGUUAACAGUGAUGAAGCAGGUUCUGAUGAGCAUGAGGUCCAGACCGACUGAGUCCUCUGUCGGGCGGGUACCAGGGACGGGCGGGGGGGGUGGCAAACCCAAACUCCUUGGUCAACACAUGGAGGAGGAGGAGCAAAACCCCCAAACACACAGACCCAGACCCACCGUGUUUACAAACAAAGAAGGUUCUGUAUGGUCCAGAAAAGUGAAGCUCCAGCCUAAAUAACCAAUGACCUUACUGCUGAAGCAAAUGAUCAGGAGCAGGAUAUGUGUGAAUUGUUACAAUUUUAUUUAUAUUACUAUUGGUAACAGUUGUUUAUGGUAUAUUAUUAUUGUGCUGUGGAAAUAAACAGAUUCUGUACAA